AUGAGCGCCUGGCCAAACGAGCCCGGAGGCAACGCUCGCUACAAAGUUGCGAUUCCUCGGAUAUCGGGGAAACCCCCACUGCCCAAACGUCAGCGCGUAGCUCGAGCUUGUGAUGCCUGUCGGCAAAUCAAGUUAAAGUGCAAUGGACAACGGCCAUCAUGUGCCUAUUGUAGCUCCACUGGGAGCCCUUGUCUAUAUUCGGCAUCGAAACGAGAAGUGAGACAGAUAAGUCUUCAACGUCUGGAAGAAAGGGUCCAAGAUUACGAGUCCGUGCUGGGCGAUGUCAUCUUGAAUUGUCCCCUGAAAAAUCUCAAACCUAUUCUGAAAUUGAUAUCUGAACGGCGUCCGGAAUUUCUCGCGGCCUUACAGCAGUCAACACGAUUGCCGCAGAACUCCCCUACUCUGAAAUUCAAUCUCAAUCUAGAUCGCAUGCACAUCACAUAUCGGGAUAAACGCUUCGGAGAAGGUCUCUCUCUUCUGAGCAAUCCUGUAAUCCUUACCAAGUCAAUACAGCAUUGGACUUCGCUUAUUGAGGAUGAUGUGGCCAGCCACUUGCUAUCGUUCUACUUCACCUGGGAGAAUCCGACUUGGCAUUUGAUCGAUCAAGAAUCUUUUAUUCAUGAUCUGGAAACGCACGAAACAAGAUUUUGUUCCCCGCUUCUAGUCCACAUCCUUCUUCUCUUUGGCUGUAGCUUCUCAUACGGCCUCCAUUCUUUUACGGAUAGACGACAAGAAAAGGCCCUCGGGCAGCAACUUUAUGAUGAGAUUCUUCAACUUUGGGAACGGGAGAAGGAAACAGUUGACAUCCCAACACUACAAUCUGGUAUCCUACUAGGCUUACUAUGUUGUACUUUUGGCACCGAUCGAUUGGGCACCGAACUCAUCAUGAGAGGGGCAGCCAUGUACUAUCGGUCUGGUUUUCAUAAAGAGGGUGCUCCUUACUUUCAAUCCGCCAAUGGAGAUUUGAGACCCAGUAUGGCCAGAGCCCAGAUGCUGAUAUCAUGGGGUAUUUUUGAUGUCCAAUCGCUGGCUUCCCAGGUAUACAAGAAAAAUAGCGAAUGGCCCAAGCCACCAUCCAUAGUUUUCUCUCCAGAAGAAGCAACGUCUUUGGAUGACAAGAUCAUGUGGAGACCCUACCCGUUUCAGACUCCAGUCUUCGCAUCGAAUACGUACAUGAUCGCUCGAUUUCGCAGCAGGCUUGCGGAAAUGGUCAAUGAGACUGCAACCAUGGCGCUCCAAUUGCAAGGUUCUCCGCCAAUUGACGACACUUGGGCCCAAGGCUAUGAGAUUUAUCGGAAACUGAUACAGUGGGAUCGUGAGCUACCACGGGGAUUACUACAAGAACGGAAUAGCACCCCGCACAGUCUGUGCUUACGGAUGUACUACCAAUGCACAGUAAUAAACCUCUGCGACAUCUUCGAGCCACAUACAGCCAACCAACCACUAGCACAAUCCGACUUCGACCCCCCUUCCAUAAAAUCCCACGCCGUAGAGGCACUCGGAUCCCUCAUUCUCCUCUACAAACACUUCCACGGAUGGAAAUCCGUUCCCAUCGUCAUGCUACACUACCUCUGCGUCGCAGGCAUCCACGCCAUCGCCAGGCUAAGUCCAAGCGAAAUGAAAUGGAUGAAAGUCCUCGAAAGCAGCGUCUUAGGUCUUUGGAACAUGGCCAUUGGAUGGGGAAGGUUGGGCAAAGCGUUCCUCAAGAUCAUUGCGUUUUUGCUCAGAGCGCAAAAGGUUGAGAAUGACCGUAUUACACCCAAGACGGCUGCGAUUAUGGGCCAACUUGAUGGCGCUUAUUGGACUGCGACUGAUGCGGCGUCGUUGGCUGCGGAUUAUGUGGUUCAUUCUGUUCCGUCAGAUGUGGCUGUUACUGCACAGUCGGUAGAUGACCUUAUUAAGGCUGCGGAGCAGCUAACUCUGUAG